AUGAUCUCGUGUGUUGCUGGUCGUGGGGCAGGGUCACUUUCAGUCUGUUCUCUGUGUGAUGGUUCCGCUGUUGCCCUCUGCGUCGAGACGGAAAUUCUCGUCGCCAUCCGCGACGGUGCUGAAGAGGAAGCAGUAGUUGUCCUCUGCGGUGGCCAGAUAGUUCGUGGUAUGUCGUUCCUUCGUGCCCCUGACGAGCGUCUGUGCCUUGUUUCCGGUGGCGACGGUAAGUUUAUAGCGGUGCAGGACGUAUCGUCCGCAAGGCGGGCAAAUGCUCAUUCCUUGCAACUGGGGAAUGCUACCGUUGACAAUGCUACGCUACUGUUCCGCUCGCGGCCUCACACAAAGCGCAUAACACACGUAGCCGUUUGCGAUGGUGCAACUGUGUUGUUUGCAGACAAGUUUGGUGAAGUGUUCCGACUGCAGCUUGUAUGGAAAACAGGUACUGGGCUGGCGUUGGCAUCCGAUGAAGUGGUUCAUGUCUUCCUACUUCAACAUUUCAGUGUGCUGACUACCUUCUUUGUAUCGUCGGCCAUUCCGUGGAUUGGUUGUGGGAAUAAGGGGCCAACACCCGAUCCGUUCCCGAGGCGUCGCCUGUUUACUUGUGACAGGGAUUGUCACGCACGAGUCAGUCUCUAUCCUGAAACAUUUCGAAUCGAACAGUAUUUGUGGACUGGAGCACCACAAUCAGUGGUAACCGCCAUAGCGGAGAUCCAAUGCCAGGUGGAAGAAAGAAGGUACUCGCACUUCGCCGUGGGUAACCGGAAUGGGUGGGUGCACCUGUGGACUGCAGACAACGCUACCGGGGCGGUGGGGGACGCCAGUACGACACCCUUCGUCCCUUCCGGUUCCUUCAUCGAAGAAGAUGCACGAACCAGCGGUGCAGGUGCUGUGCUAUCCGUUGUGCAUGCGUCGGUACAUGCCGGGGAGGUGCACGGUCGCGGAGAAGUCGCACUAUCCCAGGGCAUCCUUGUUGCCUACGAAGGGGCACGCGACGUGCUGUUUGUUCUUCUUGAGGAAGAUGGUACUGGUGGCAAACUGUCACUGUCCGGUUGCUGUGCCUUACGUGUAGGCUUAGAGUCUCCUCCCCUUGCGAUGGUGGGCCUCGGUGGCGACAGAGCAAUGGUGCUCCAGCGGAGCGGCCGGGUGCAGGUGGUGAGGUUGGCGUAUGCGGAGUCUUGUGUCUCGGCUCGUGUAUGCGAGGAGUCGUGGUUGCGGGGGUUGUCCAACCUUACCCAGCGCCAGUUAGGGGCUCUGUUGGGUUCCACCGAUCCCUUCUCUCAGUGGAACUAUGACACUGUUGACCCGCGGACGCGCAGGCGGGGGAGAAGUGAUUUUUCCGAAGGCGGUGACGUGGAUACGGAGGAUGGUGACGCGGUGGAUUGCCCCGUCGAUGCCAUGAAAAAAACACGCACUUGA